CGUGACCUACUUUACCGGAUAUCCGGCGACUCCAUACACGUUGUCUCUAGCUCUCGAAAGAAUAGAGACCAUAGCAGCGUUUCUGUCUUUUCUGAACAGGCGCAGUCCGAGAGAACUCGCAAAAGGAGUAAAAGGCUCCUACAUAACCUGUAACUACCAAUAUAUUGUAUGAGUCAGAAGGUAGAAAAACCAGUAUUAUCGGGUCAACGGAUCAAGACCAGAAAAAGAGAUGAGAAAGAGAAGUAUGACCCUAACGGGUUCCGCGACGCGUUGGUGUCGGGUCUGGAGCGAGCGGGGGACCUGGACGCGGCCUACAAGUACCUAGACGCGGCCGGGUCCAAACUCGACUACCGCCGCUAUGGCGAGGUCAUCUUCGACGUGCUCAUCGCCGGAGGGCUACUGCUGCCCGGCGGCUCGGUGUCUAUGGACGGGGAAACUCCCAAGACUAACACUUGCAUCUUCAACGCCAGCGAGGAUAUGGAGUCUAUGAGGAACUUUGAACAGGUAUUUGUCAAACUGAUGCGUCGUUACAAAUAUCUCGAGAAGAUGUUCGAGGAGGAAAUGAAGAAGGUGCUGGUAUACCUCAAGGGAUUCGAACCUCUACAACGCAUCAAAUUGGCACGAAUGACUGCUCUGUGGAUCGGCAACGGCUGUGUGCCCCCCUCGGUGUUGCUGGUGCUGGUGAACGAGCAUCUGCUGAAGGAGAAUCUGGCGCUGGAGUUUGUGCUGGAGGUGUUCGCUACGGUUAAGGCGGAGAAGGGAGUCGCCAGUUUGGUCACCGCGCUCAAGAGAGGACAACUAGAGGGCAGACUGUUAGAGUUCCUCCCUCUGAACCGGCGCAGUGAGGACGUGUUGGCUAGCGCCUUCGCAUCACGCGGUCUCGCAGAGCUCUUGAGGCUGCACCGGGCUCAGGCGUCCCAGGAGGCUCGCCGCGAGCUGACCCAGGCGCUGCAGGAACAGCUGGCGGACGAGCGACCCGUCAGGGACCUCAUCACAGACCUCCGAGACAUGGCGCAGAGGCUCGACAUACCUGACCACGAGGUCGUCGCUAUUACCUGGCAAUGCGUGAUGUCCCGCGGCGAGUGGAACAAGAAGGAGGAACUGCUAGCGGAGCAGGCCGCCAAACAUCUCCGACAUUACACGCCGCUACUGGCAGCGUUCGCUCAGUCCGCGAAGGCUGAGAUAGCUCUGCUCACUAAGGUUCAAGAGUACUGCUACGAGAAUAUGAGCUUCAUGAGGGCCUUCAGUAAGCUGGUGCUGAUGCUGUACAAGAGUAACGUGCUGAGUGAGGAGGUGAUCCUCAAGUGGUACAGAGACCCCAACUCCAGCAAGGGGAAGGUCAUGUUCCUUGACCAGAUGAAGAAGUUUGUGGAGUGGCUUCAGAGCGCCGAGGAGGAAUCGGAGAGCGGCGAGGAGGAAGAUUAGUUUAAGGCAGCGAGUGAGACUGACACAGGCGCCGUCCCGCGACCACCACCACCGACACCACCACACAUGACCUCUACCACCCACCACCGACCACCCAGCCGCGGCCGCACUGCCACUGGUCGCGCCACCAACACCACGAUACAGGCGGGACGUUUUCUACAACUGUAUAUUAUUCAUUUCUAAAGUGACAUGUUGAAAUAAAAUAUUUUUUAUUCAAUUUUUUUAGUAAAAUUCAAAUAAACGGUGGCAACACUC